AUGCCUGAAGACCUCAACGUGAUAUCCUCACAACUGAAGGCUAUUCAGGCUGAAGUUGUGGAGUUCAAAGUGGGCGUAAGCCACCUGGCCUUGGAUGAGGAGCGUGAGAGGUAUACGCGCAUUCGCGAGCGCAUCGAAUCACUCGUAAUCACACUGGGAAAUAAUAAAACUGAUACUGGCAAUUUGGAAUUGGAAAAUGCCCGAAGGCUUUUGAAGGUUGCGACUGGCAAUACUGAGACCCUACGCUACCUUGAAACCAUUUCUUGUCUGGAGAGCAUAUUCACGGACGUAACCAAAGCUGCAACAGUUACAGCCGUAGGAUUAAGCGCUGAGGACAGUGUUUCGCAGCAUGCCCUCUCAUCACGGUUCCUCACUGAUAAUGUGAAGCAAUGCUGGGACUACACAGCACAACUAUCCAAUCUCGCAGCCAUUCAACUGAAAGCAGCAGCGGAUUUUCAUAUAUUCAACCACGAGGCCAAUGAGGUGCGCGCCCACGCCAGUCAAUUAAAAGAUCUCUCGAGAAAGCAGUUAGAAGCCUUUUCGCCCGAGGGACGCAUUGGCGAGGCAUCUAAUCUAACCCACGAGAUGAAAGAGAGACUGAAUGCCUUCCAAAGUCUAGCAGAUCGGGCUCGGACCCUCGCUUCAAAGGCACCUUCCAUUCUGCCCGUGGAGAAUCGCCUUCUCGAGGUGCGCGGUGGAGUGGCAGGGGCCUCCGAUCUCGGUGGCCCGUUGAUGGUGCAGCUGCUAAUCGACUACGUUGGGAGCAACUUCACCGUGAAGAAAGGCGACUCCCUGCCUCUCAUCGAUACCACAGAGAACCCCUAUUUGUGGAAGGUUAUGACGUCCAAUGGACCACAGUAUAUCCCUUCCAUUGCCUGCAUUAUCGCCUCUGCAAAUGGCGAGCAGAUUCAUGAUGCCUAUAAAACCCUAUCCACCGUCAAAGAUGCAUGGAACGAUUCGGUUGAAAACUACAGGCGACAACUGGCCAUCUACUACAGCAACUAUCUCGAGGGCGUUGGACAACGUGGUGGUCUUUAUACGACUGAUUCAAAUGGAAAAAGACGCUUUUUGGAGGAUCUUGAUCGACUUCUCAUACAGGCAGAUGCCGAUGAAGGUCAUCUAGCCAAUAUCCUGGAGAUGCUCUCGGUUCCGAGACCAGAACAGGCAAACGAAGUUUGGAACCGAUCGCAACUAAGUCUUCUUCAUCAACCUCUACUGAUACUAAACGAACACGUUCAAUCCAUCAAAAGAAUGGACGAAAACGUAGCCUUGUAUACGAAUCGCAUGAGGGAAUACGCAUCAACAAUCACUUCGGAGGCUCAUGGACUCCAGGCUCAGCUGGAAAGUCUCAGAAUGACAUAUGAUCGAAACCGGGCAGAAUUGAAGGAGCUCUACGAUCGCGUGCACAACUGGAGGACGGUAUACACUGAGUCUCUCAAUGGACCUACUAGUGGAGUGGGACGUCUCAUUAUCUCUAGCGUCUCAUCGAGUUCUGGAAUCUCCUCAGAAGAACUCCCGCCCGUCCCGUUACCUCCAUCUCCAUUCGGACGCAUUACACCCAUGGAGCUUCCUACAACUCAAGAGGAAGAAGAUUCACACAUGGAGUUUCUGGAAACACGGGGCCACAGACGCCCCAAAAUGAAUGUAGCUCUCUUACAGGCUAAAGAUGUGUCCCGUAAUGGGAAAUCAACGGUGUUCACAUGUGGAGCUAAUCUGCAUCCGAGGCAGACACACGGUAAUCUCAACGUGAAGCAAGCUAAUGCACAAAAGCCAAAGAUGGUUCGUGAUUUUCCAACACAAACUACUAACCAUCGUGUUAUUCGAAACACCCAGACAGAGCUCACUGGCAACCUUGUCAGCUGUAAAUUCGCAGGCACGCAGAGUGAUUCUAAUAGAGUGGAUUGUAUGACACAAAUUGGUUUGAUUAAAGCACAAAAAGCACAGCAAGUUGAUGGAUCCAUCAUAUCGGCAGCCAUGGAGGUUGCUGAGCAUACCCCAUCUUCUGCCUCUGCAACGGAAGGAGCCAUACCUGACAGGGUGCAUGAGACCUACACUACUGGCCGAGCAAAAGGCGCAACUGCUUACCAUGAAACUGCAACAUCUGGUGUGAAGAAACAAGAUUUGAUUUUCCAGAUUGGCGAUUCCCGAGCCCGGACGGGUUCCGAAAGCAGUACACCUUAUCGUAAAUCUGGAGCACUUAAAUCCGACUCUCAUUCAAUUGAUUUUGGAACUUUUGAAGCUCAUGUGGCCACGGGGAGAUUGGAUAUCGAAACCAAAAAGGAAAGUCGCGAUAUCAUAACACAAAUUCAGUCGACAUCAAAUUUUGGUAGUCAACAAGAUCUGGAGUAUCGCACAGUAGAAUCAGCUAACAUAAAGAGUAAACCAAAACAGAAAGAGAGUGACAUUCAGGUGGGCCCAUCAGGAUUAAAGACCGGCAGCGUAGAGCUCAGGCGAACCCUUAAUAGUACAAAUCUCCAAACAGAAAUUGACAAGACCUCCGUAAAAAUGGAAACAACACCAUGUUCACUAAAAUUCUUCGAUGCUGAGGCUCAAAUUUCCCAUGCUCCCAAAGUUCCUAAGGCCUUUGAUGGGGUGGAAUACCUUAAAUGUGCUAGUCAGCAGAAUCUUGUUCAAGGGGACUUCAAAGGUUUUGCAAAAGACACCUCCUAUUGUGAACUAAAUGCCAAUGGUCAAACCCUCUCCGAUAUUGACUUGCAGGUCAGCAGACCAGCCCUGGUAGAAGCUGCGAUAGUCAACGGUAUGAGCAAACCGAAGAUUGUUGCUGAAUGCACAUGCUUUGAGAUUGUACCACAAGGAAUGCAGGGGAUGGAAAACUUAUCGUCGAACCAUUUCUGCGCUCUUCAUCAGCCGAUGUCAUUCCACUUUACUCCGCCAUGCUACGCUCAAUGUGAAACACCAAUGAGAAUGCGAGAAAAUAGGCGGACGAUAAGGUGCCAAACGGUAAGUCUUAAGCUCGACCCAAGAGAAGUUGAAGUUUCAACGGUGAAUGCUAAAAUCGAUGAUAGGGUAGUGGCUGAAAGACCUUGGCUUGUGGAUGACGACUUUAAGAUUGCUGACUCAAAAGAGGUCAGGCUGGUGAAUAUCCAAACAAAAGAACGCACGCCCGUAGAAGGAACACAGAUGGGCAAGCAGAAGUCAACGUUACUAGCCUCUCACAUGAAUCCUCGAGAAGCCAGUGCGGUUGAGUUCAGCACAACAGGUCCUAAAAUGAAUCGUGGGAGUGCCUAUUUCCCCAAGAGAACUGCGGAUCGCAGCCCAGCAGCACCAAGAUUACCCGCGGAGGCAAAGUGUCAUUUGACAGUUAAUGGGCUGCAACGCGAUGUAUUUGAACACUCUUCUAAAAUCUCUUCUUCCGAGCCAAUCUACUUAGCCACAUGCGGAACGAAACGCGUUUAUAGUGAGGUUUCAUGUCAGGUAGGAACAAUUUUAAAACCAGAAAUCAUGGAAAUUAGUACAGUACCCCUCCAAGUGACCGAAGUCGACCAAUCCAGCCGUCGAGAUAAAACUUUGGAUGCUGUUAUCUGCCCAACAAGGGUUCUUGUAAAGCCGGUGCUCACUGAGGAUGGAGGGAUUAAUGUGGCCAAGAUGCAGGAUCUGCAUCAUUUGAAUGUGAAGAUAGCCAAUCGGAUGUAUAAUGCAUCGGUGGCUCCAACUUCUAGAAUGCGAACUCAACAGGAAGUGAGUCAUGAUAGUCGUCAAAUUUGCACAUUGGAAAUGAGUGCAAAGAAUGGGCAGGCGGAUGACUACACGAUGACUGCUUCACCUAGUUUUACAGAGGCUGGCUUCACAAUCACACUGAAUGGUCAGAGACGGCAACAGGAGACGAUUAAUCAGCUUUCUGUCUGCCCAACCUGUCACUGUCAGUUUGAAACAUCUCGGGUGAGUUCAGCUAUAACAGAGGCUUCGACUUCAAGAAAACCUUGGUCGACAGUCUCGCAGUCAACUCAAGUGGGCACAAUUCUGACCCCCACUAGAGUCCAAAUCGUUGGAGUCGGUACAAAAUCCAAGGCUCCACCCGAAAUUCGCAAUUUCGGUUUUGGAGCGCAAAACAUUGUUUGCCCUUCUACUGUUGAGCUCGUUUCUUCGCUUACUGAAACAGGUGGUAUCAAGGUGAAAGAUAUUUCUGAGGUCGAUGCUGUGCAUAUUCUAGCCGAAGGAUCCACAUUCUAUGCAAGUGCACGCAAUUGGGUUUGUCAAGGUAACGUUGCUCACAGUAAAGGAGAUUUGGCACCUGAGAAAACAGUGCCUUUGGUAAAGAAAUCAGAGGUUUACAGUGUAAGCGACCAACCACUUCUGCAGCAAGCCAGAUUUGAAAUAGUCAAUACGAAAGUGAGCGAACUGUGCGACUUUUGCCACGGCAGCGGAAAAAGAACUUCAGUCCAAGUGAGUCCCCAAGAACGCAGACCCACUUCUGCCACUUCUACUACCUAUCAACCGCUUGCCUCUCAGAAAAUCAAAGGCCCUGAAGUGUCGAGCGUUGAAUGUCAGGUCAGUGCGAUUCUCCGACCUACACGAGUUUAUGCUGCUAACGUAGAAAUCCGACCAAGAACAGCUGAACUUGCUAGACAGAUGGGUAUGACUCCGAAUGCAAUAAUCUGUCCCUCAACUAUUGAAUUACAGACAGAGUUGGCCGAAAAUGCUGGGAUUCAGGUGAUGGACGUAAAGGAGGUCGGCAGCAUGGAACUCGUUGCGGACACAUCGCUCUUCAAAACGAGUUUUUGCGAACGUGUAACUGAUUUGCGAAGGCAGAGCAUUUCAGGCGGUAAGCCAUUUAUGGACAACAUGAACAUUACUGGCGGCAAAUCGGGUCUCACUCUGGGGCAGGCGCAAAUCCAAAAGAUUGGGCCUAAGUCGGUGUCGAACGCAAAAACAUUUACAUUGCAGGAUGUAGGUUGUGAGUUCGCAAUAAAGAGUGCAAGGGUUGGGGCAGUUUGUAACCAGUGUCAUGGCAGGGGCCGGAUUGAGAGCUCCCUGACGGCUUUCUCUCCGAUCCGGAGUACAUCAGUAGACUACAGCAGAAAGCCUUCAUUCAUCCAUCAGAGAGCAAGCACACCUGUCACAAAGACCGUGGAAUGUCAGGUAGGUGCGGUAUUGCGCCCGUCGUCCAUUGAAAUUGGUAAUAUUGGCGUAAAACCGAGAAACGGAAAAGUUGCUGAAUAUUUGGGCAUGAAUGUCGAUUCAGUGCUCUGUCCGGCUAGAGUGCAAAUGAUACCAGAGAUAAGAGAGGCACCAGGAAUAGAGAUUGUCAAUGUAGCAGAUGUGGCUCAUACGGAAGUUCAAGUUGGCGAAAUUGUUAUUGACGCGGAUGUUCAAACUCAACGACCUCAGUGGUCAUCAGUUGCUACAGAUACCCAAAAAAAACCUCAUCUACUACUUAACAUUAAGAGCAACGGAGACGGUCUUACUAUCGGACACAGUUCACCCCCUGCAUCUAUGCGGAACGUUGGCACUGUUUGCGAUAGCUUCACUCUAAAUGACAUUGGCUGCGAAGUCGUACUACGAAACUCAUCCAUUGGAGGCGUGUGUACGUCUUGUCGAGGUAGUGAAAGAACGGCGUCUGCCUCUGUGAAGACGAUGCCGAGAGUGUUGGAAACGCAAGGUGUCGAAACCUCGCAUCAAUACAGCACAUUGGCGUCAGCCUUGGUGAUGACCAAAGCAGUUCUUUCAGAAUCGAAAUCUUGCCAAGUCGGAACUGUCCUCACUCCUACCUGUUUGAAUGUGGCAGGGGUUGAAAUGUAUUCUAAAAGCACAACGUCAUUCGCGUCUUCCGGCACAAUCGUUUAUCCGGCGGCCGUUGAAGUUGAAAGUAGACUCAUGGAAAACUCUGGAAUACAAAUAAGGGAAGUAGCAACCAUGGACUCCAUGAAUGUUAUUUUGGGCGAAAAAUCGUACAUUGCGAGCACACAGAAAAUGGCUAAAUCGAAGGUGGAGUCAUGCGUGCUGGAGAUAAAGUCAUUCCACCCAGAAGCGGUUCGUGGGGAGCUUUCUACCUAUCGAAUGGCGGUAGGAUCACUCGCAUCGACUGGGAAAUUUCACCUACAGAAUAUCGGCUGUGAAUUCAGAUUGAGGAAUGCCACUUAUUCUACACCGAAGUACCCACAUCCCUUAGCAGGCAGUUUUGAGCCUAAGACACUAGUGGGAAAUGGUUUAAAAAGCAGUAUAGGUUCACAAAGAACAGAUGCCUCUUGUCAAGUUGGGCUCACGCUAGUUCCGACAACAGUACAUGUGGCAGACAUGGCUGUCAGCGCCAGCGAACAGCGCGUGGCGACUAGUCUUGGACUCAAAGCAAAUGCCAUUAUUUGUCCAUCAACGGUGGAUCUUGAAACCCAACUAACUGAGACUGCUGGAGUAACAGUAACUGAUGUCCAUGCUGUAAAGGAAAUCGGAAUUACUGUUGGAGAGAGGAAGGGCGUCGUGAAUGUUACCGGACGGAAUCUGAAAGUGCAAGAAAAGGGCAUCAUCUCCAGGCCCACGGAGCCCAUCUACCUGAGCUUCACCUCCUACCCACCCACGUGCGUUCAAGACACUCAUCCAAAGUUCGGCAAAGUGCGCGAAACCACGACCACUCAAGUGAUCAAGGCGAUUGAUCAAAAUUCCAGAUGCACCUUUCAAAUACGACGAAUAGGCGAAUCACUAAACCCGUACCCACUGUCAUUAACACAAAUUGGACCUGCACAAGAGAAUUUAAGGAAAGAAAGUGCCAGCUGUCAAGUUGGUGUCACAAUGGUUCCGAGUAAAAUGAAUGUUUCAAGAGCUAAAGUAAUCGUGGAAAAGAAGUCCAGCGCUGACAUUAUGGGCAUCUCAGGACCAUCAGUUCUGCAAUCAACAACAUGCGAACUCGAAUCACGCAUCUCAGAAAGGCCGGGCAUUGGAAUUGCUCAAAUAGACGCAGUGGAACAACUUCAGCUGCAAAUAGAAGGCGAAAUCUACAAUGCAUCUGUUGUGGGAGGUGGUGCGAAACCAAAGACAACCGGAACGACAGGCCCUCAGGGCUGGAAACAUGCACCAAUCAGCAUCACUGGCCAUCCAAGGACGGACACCCAUAUACCUUCCUCAAUUCAGCGGUCAGAUAAAGGUAUUUUCAACACCAUCGGACCGUAUCUGGUGACGAUGAAGGGGGGUACAGUACAGAGCCGGAGUAUCUUGGAGAUAGGCGCGCUUACACUUGGUGGAAAGAGCCUGCAACUGAGCGUAGAUGGCGAUCUACGUGGCAAGUUAACAAUGCAGACAGCUCAACAACCGAGUAGUAGUGGGCGUAAGUCCACUAGCUAUCCGGACUCCUCCCAACGCCUCCGCUCACCCAUCAGUCCCGGCGAUCGUCUGCUUCCCCGACGACCCAACUCCCAGCUAUGCGAUGUCGCCUGUGAGGCUUUGAUCAAACCUGAGACAUUAGAGAAACGUCUACAAACAGUUUUUAUCUGA